UGCUAGCCCUGUCCCUCCACGAAACUCAUUUUAAUAUAUGUCCACACCAUUUAUUCUGUCCAACAAAUUAAUAAAAAAAUAUAUAUAUAUUUAUUAAUAAAGUUGAAAAAAAUAAAUAUUUUGUAUUUGACAUCCAAACUGCGCCUCACAUAUAUUUGUGAUAAUUUCCCUAAAAAUUUCAUCGCUGUUGCAUGCAAGGGUAGCCGCGCCAAAAGCCUACCGGGAAAAAUCAGAGCCAAUCUUUCAAUCAAACUCGGCUUCAAACGAAGUGGGUCUGCUUUUAUCUUCUCUCCUACUAUCCAUGGCAGAUAGCACGAGUUCAAAAUAACAAAACUCUCUCUCUCAUACAACAUCUGUUUCCCAUGGCCUUUCCUCUCUUCCAGAAUCCCAUACCCCCAACUGGCCAUUCUCCAAUCAGUCACACAUUCCACCAAAACAAGCACAAUUCGCAAGCCCUGAUUCUCUCAACCCCUAGAUGCUGCACACAGUCUUCAAAUUCAGCUCAAUUCUUCCCUGAACCACACACGAAUCCUUCAGGAACCCUAAUUUUGCCGCCCUCGCUGACUCGGUUCGUCACCUCCACAGUCCUUUUAAUGGGUUUUGGGGUCACGGCUUGUUCUUUCUCUCUUUUUCCUCCCAAAAUAAGGCAAUUGCCUACAAAUUGUUUCUGUUCAAUGUCAAUUGGUGUCAUUGAUUUAUGCAAGAGCAGUAACCUUGACAAUGGUGAAAUCAAAGCGGAGAAGUCACAGCCCAUGAGAGGAAGAGGGACUCAGUUCAUGGAAAGCUAUAGUGGAGUUGAUAACUUGGCAAAUGAGGAGAUGAAAGCUGCAUUUGAGGAGUGGAAGUCUAAGACUUAUGCCUUAACCGUGCCUCUAAGGAUAAUCACUCUACGGGGCUCAGUGCCGCCUUCAUGGAUUAAGGAUUUUGUGCAAGUCCAAGGUAAGAGGUUGAAGUUGAGGACAGAGUUCCGGAGCAGUCUUGAAGCCAUCUUUUCUGAACUGACUUCGGCCUCUAAAAAGAAUCAAAUUGAGGCCCAGUCUACCAUGGCAGCUGAUCUCAUAACUAUUGGUGACUCAUGGAUGAAUUUGGCUAUUUGUGAGGGUAUUAUUGAACCUAUUCUUGACGCAGAAGAACAAGACUGGUAUAGUAGCUUGCCUGACAAAUGGAAGGUUUAUUUACGCAGGAACAAGAAUGGGCAGUUGGAUCCAAGAGGAAAAAUAUGGGGUGCUCCAUAUCGAUGGGGAAGCAUGGUGAUUGCAUAUAACAAGACUAAAUUUGAAAGGCAUAAUGUAGCUCCAAUUGAGGACUGGAAAGACUUGUGGAGGCCUGAACUUGCUGGAAAGAUAUCAAUGGUGGAUGCUCCUAGGGAAGUUUUGGGUGCAGUUUUGAAGUAUAUGGGGGCCUCAUAUAAUAGCAAUGAUUUCAGCUCUCAAGUUAGUGGUGGAAGAACAGCUGUCCUUCAAAAAUUUUCAGCUUUGCGAAGGCAGGUUCGAUUAUUUGAUAGCAUGCACUAUUUGAAGGCAUUUGGUGCAGGCGAUGUUUGGGUUGCAGUUGGAUGGAGUAGUGAUGUUCUCCCUGCAGCCAAGCGCAUGCCCAAUGUAACAGUAGUUGUCCCAAAGUCAGGAACCAGUUUGUGGGCGGACCUAUGGGCGAUUCCAGCUGCAUCAACAUUUGCUACUGAUAGGAUUGGGGGACGGGUCCGAGGUCCAUCUCCUCUCAUCCACCAAUGGAUUGAAUUCUGUCUACAACCUGCAAGGGCAUUGCCAUUCUGCCAAGAAAUUGUCCCUGGAGCCUCCCCCUUGGCCCUUACUCGCCCUUAUAACUUCAUAGAGUCACUGGAAACAACCUCUGGCGCACCCAAGCUGGAAACAAAUCUCAUUGCAGGUUUACCGCCUCCUGAGAUCUUAUGCAAGUGCGAGUUUUUAGAGCCCCUAUCGAAAGAGGCUUUUGUGGAUUACCAGUGGCUGAUAGCUCACUCGCCAAAAACAAGCGAUGGAUGGAUUGGCAGCAUUAUGAAGUUCUUUACCUCCACACUUCAGCAUUUGAAAUAUGCACCUUUUAGAUAAUUGGAUGGUUCAUUCUUGAAUUGUUUCUUGAGUUUCUCUACCUAGAAACAAGGCACAAUCGAAUGAAAGGGAGAGCUAGAGUUCUUGGAGCCUUGAAAACUUGUUUUUUAUACUUCUGUUGAUAUAUUAAAUUAUCUGUAUACAAGGAAGCAUGAGAUCAAUUCGGGUUCUGUUUGGGAAAUUGUCGAUGGCGGACGUGCUGGUGAAGCUGGCCUGGCUAUCUUAAUAAAACUGGAGAGAGUUGAUUUCAUAACAAUGAGUAUUGAUUUCUUGAGGUUUUCUAAUUUGUUGAAGUUGCCAUGGGUUUAUUGUUGUACUUAUAGGAGGAGACUUGUGAUUUAUAGUCCCAAAUUGCAUGGAUUUUACGA